AUGCCUGGUACGCGUCCGGUGGAAACGGUGUCCAAGGCACUGCGGCGCCACGCUCAGCUGCAACGGUGGCAGCGCCAGUCGAAGGUGCCGAGUGCGCCAGGCACGGCAACAACCACUGCAACCACUCGACCCACACACGCGGACCACACAUUGCCUCAGCCCCGACUUCUGAUGUCGUCGUCGACGUCGGCAGAAAGCUCGACUUCUGCGCUUUCAUCGAGUUCGAACUUCCCUGCACUGCAUGUGAGUCAAUCCCUGCAGCGCGCCUAUGAGCUGCGGGAUACAGCGCAGGCGUCUUCGCCAAUGCAGCGUCGCCUCGUCAAAUAUCUGCGGUGUUCCACGAGCAAGGCGGAGUCUGUGGAGGCGUUUUUCCUCAUUGCUCGCACGCAUCAGGAAGCGCUGUCGCCAGCUACCGUUGCGGACUUCACCAGCACCAUGUUGCGGCACAACGUAGCUGCGCAGAUGGGCGUAGAGGCCUACGAGGCGGCGCUCGCGGACGCCGUCGGAGUCGCGGAGGACAGCCCCUGGGGUCACAUUGGACCGGCGGAAGCACGGGCGUUCGUUCUCUACCAGGCCCGCCGCCUGGAGCGGUAUGCUGUCAAGGGCACAUCUUUCCACGAGCAGCUUGGCUUGACGCUUGAAGGUGCAGACAACGCUGUGGUCGCCCUCACUGAGCACCAGCUGCGCAAAGACGUCGCUUCAUCCAGUGCGCUACCCGUGUCGUGUGACACCCUUGUCGAGCUCAUUCACCUCGACAUUUCGUGGUCCACCGCGCUGCAGGUGUACAAGUACGCCAAGGAGUUGACACGCGUUGACCCACCUGCUGACAUGACGGCACGUUUGAUGGGGCUCAUGACGGGUUACAAGACGAAUGGCCUCGGCUCACGCCCGUGGGAGAUGGCGCUAGAGUUGUACGACGCGCUGCUGGCGAGCGGCUACGAUGUGCCACUGGAUGCCCAUGCGUCCGCGUUAGACGCCGUGUGGCGCUGCGGGGAGAGCUUUGUGAAGCUUCAUAAUUCCUUGUCCCCCACCGAUCGUGACCGCAUGUGGGAUGCCCUGGUGCGCAUUCGCGAGCGCGUGUCAGACGCGCAGGUGACGGGUGACGCCGGGUGCCGCUUCACCGAGGCUCUCAUCAAGGCAGCUGGAGCAGCAGGGCGGUGGGAGGCGACGGUGCAACUUCUUAGCGACAUGGACGUGACAUUGGCCGCCACCUCGCAUCGCCUGUUAGUACCCACUGCAGAGUCCUUUCUCUUCACGAUGGCAUCAUGCAACACCGCGCACAACGCUGCCCACGCCAGCGCCCUGUACGAGACGUUUUGCGCCCUGUACACGCUGCGCAGUGCUCACCCUGAGGCGCUACUGACGUACUUGCAGUCACUUCGACACGUGGAGUCGCUGUCAGCAGAAAUCGGUCCGCAAGUUGAGGCCCUAGUGAUGGAUGGCAAUGGACUGGAUCGACCGUGCUGCGUGGUAUGCCUGCAACUCCUGUCGAGUCAGCGCGUGCGCACCAAGCAGGUGGAGAAGUGGAGGGUUGCGCAGACGCUCCUGCGAAUGUACGACAGCAACCCAUGGCCGCAGCAGCCGCAGGUGAGAAAGGCAGAGCUGCAGACGGUGUUUCGCUGCUGUCACCUCAUCGCUGCAGCUGCAGCUAGCGAUGAGAAAUUAUCCCCUCUUGCGACGGCGCCUUGCCCGCUGCUCACGGAGCUGCGCGCUUAUCUUGUCUCAGUGUUUGGGCGAGACUCUCGCGAGUGCCAGUGGCUGGACGACACGGAGGUGUACUCGCUCCUCACCACGCAGCGCUGGGAGUGCGCCCUUGCCAUUUACCAGCGGCAAGUAGUACGGCGCCCGCUAGCUCGUGUGACGGACCUCCCCAUUCCGUUGCGCCAAGCACGCCACAUGCUCGCGCAGACUCUGCUGCGCUGCUCCCGUGCCGCCGCUGACGUGGGGAGAGAGAGAGAGAAUUUCUUCCUGGAUGAGGAGCAAGGGGCGCAAGAGCGGGCAAAGACGGUCGAUUUUUUGGCAUUUGUCGUGCGUACUGUGCGGGAGGUGUACGCAGGAACGGGCGACACCGUGUGUCUCAGUAUUGUCGCGGAGCUGCUGCUCCACCAAGCUUUGCACGCGCCACGUGCGCGCGAGCGGCAGCAGUUGGCGCUGGACGCGAUGCGAGAGCUGUCGUGUGGCUUGGCCAGCGCCGUGACACCGCGGCUGAUUGAUCUUGUCUCGCAGGCCCUCUCUAUCACAGAGGAGCAUGUCCACAGCGUCCUCGUUGACGGCAGCGCGCAGCUGCGUGCAAAGGCGUUAGAGCGAGACAGACAGCGACGCAUACGUGCGAGCGGAUGCCUUGAGAAGAUUUUCACGUGA